UAAUUACUUUUACUAUUUUUCUCCACUAAAAAUAAAUAUACAAAUCUAAAUACACAAUAAUUUGUACAUAAUACAAUAAAUUGAAAGAAACUCUAUCAAAUUUAUCCAUAUAAUAAUGUGGCCGGCCUAUGGGUCAAGUGUAGAAUUAGGAAGCAAUCCGAGAGGCUUUUUUCGUUGGGGUGGUCUUUUUGGGGGUCUCAAAACGGAAAUAUAGAAAAAAUAGACCUAGGUCAAGACAAAGAUAAAUAGAUGGUAGGGAACUGAAAUAGAAAAAAGGAAAAGAGAAACAUGAAAAGGAUCUCUGAAUCUAAUCCAUUUCUCCUCACCCUCCCUCUCUAACCAACUUCCAUGCCCAUAAACCAUUAUAUCAUCCACCCUUCAAACACAAAUUUCUCAACAAAUUCAAAAUCAGAAAAACUAAACCCCUUUCAAGUCACCCAAGAGUACAGUGAAAAUGGUUAAUAUGUGGAGAAAAGCAUUCUGUACAUCCAUUUCCAGAGACAAAAACAGGGAAUCAAAAGUAGUAAUAACCGAGAAAAAACAACAUUGCGAUAACUCCUCAACCAAUCAAAGUCCUAGAAUAAGUUCCAAGUUUGGUUUUUUUUCCAAUCCAUCAACACCACGUUGUCAAUCUCAACCUCAACCUCAACUUGAACCUAAACCUUCAUCAACCGGUUCCACUACUCUUCGUUGCAGAACCUCCGUUGCAACAACAACCACUCAUUCUGUUCCCAAUAGUCCAAAACUCCAAUGCAGUAGUAACACCAAAACUCCUAAAUCAUUCUCUUCACCUAACUCACCAUCAAGUUUCUCAUUUCUCAAAUCCACUUUACGCUUAUCCAAAAGUCGAUGUGGAAUAUGUAUGCAGAGUGUGAAGAGUGGAAAAGGAACUGCAAUUUUUACGGCGGAAUGCUCUCACACUUUUCACUUUCCUUGCAUAUCUACGCACGUGACGAAGAAUCCAAUACACGUGUGUCCUGUUUGUGGUACAAACUGGAAGGAACUUCCGGUGCUUGCAAUCAACAACGAGAAGAAGAACAACAACAAAAUUUCAGAGGAAAACAGAGAAGCGAGGAAUUUCAAAGUUUACAACGAUGACGAACCUCUCAUGUCACCAACUUCACUAUCUCGUUUCAAUCCUAUUCCUGAAUCGGAAAAUGAAACAGAAGAUGAAGAUGAUGAAAACAUUGAGUUUCAAGGGUUUAAUGUGAAUCCUGUUAGUGUUUCGUCUUCGCCGGUGAUUAGGAGGAAUAUUGAGGUGUGUUUGUUUCCGGAAACUGCUGUUGUUUCUGCUAAUAGAAACUACGAGAGUUAUGUUGUUGUUUUGAAGUUGAAGGCGUUGUCACAGAAAGUUGCGCGGCGAGCUCCGGUGGAUGUUGUUAUUGUUCUUGACGUCGGUGGAGCUAUGUCAGGGCAAAAGCUUCGUCUGAUGAAAAAUUCCAUGCGACUAGUGAUCUCUUCCAUGAAUCCUACCGAUCGUCUCUCAAUAGUUGCAUUCUCCGGCGGCUCCAAGAGACUAUUACCGCUCCGGAGAAUGACCGGCGGCGGUCAGAGAUCUGCGCGACGCAUCGUGGAAGCGCUCGCCGCGAUUGAUCAAUCAAGAGAAGGCGUUGCGGCGAAGAACGACGCUGUGAAGAAAGCGGCGAAGGUCUUAGAAGAUCGCCGCGAGAGGAAUUCCAUUGCCUGCAUCAUUGUUCUCUCCGAUAUCAUUGACUCACGCGCCAUGAACGCGUCAUUUCAAAAACCCUCUAUGGUCUCAUCCACGCGCUUUUCUAACUUCGAUGUUCCAGUACACGCAGUGCGUUUUCCUGACUCAGGCGAGUGUUUCAACGCGCUUCCAGACGUGACGCUUGCGAAAUGCAUAAGUAAUUUGUUAAACGUGGUGGCUCAGGACGUUACGAUUCAGUUAGGUGUUGUUUCACGCUCGCGUCCAGUGGAGAUCGCUGCAGUGUACUCACUCGCGGGUCGCCCCGCCCCACUCGAACCGGGUUCAAUUACAAUAACCGAUUUGUACGCUGAAGAAGAGAAAGAAUUAUUAAUGGAGCUAAAAGUACCAGCCGUUUCAGCUGGGUCCCACCACGUUCUAACCGUACUAUGUUCUUACCGUGACCCCCUCACUCGUGAGAUUUUGAAUCCUAUUGAACAAGCAAUGUUGAUUCCACGUCCCCACACCGUACGAUCCUCGUCUGAAAAGAUCGAAAGGUUGAGAACCCUUCACGUCACUAUACGAGCCGUAGCUGAAUCUAACCGCCUCGCUGAGCAUGGUGAUCUCUCUGGAGCUCAUCAUUUGCUUUCUUCGGCUCGAGCUCUUCUCUUGCAGUCUAGUAAGCCUGUCGAGGAGGAGUAUUUGCGCUGGCUUGAAGCUGAGCUUCAGCGACGCAGGCAGGUACAACAGUUGCAGAGUCAAAGACAGAGAAAUAUUAAUAGUCAUGCUGAGGAGAAAUUAGAGCCGCUUACGCCGACUUCGGCUUGGAGAGCCGCUGAGAGGCUUGCUAAAGUUGCUAUCAUGAGAAAGUCUAUGAAUAGAGUUAGUGAUUUACACGGCUUUGAGAAUGCAAGAUUUUAGAGUUUGAAGAAACUAAUUGUAAUUGUUAUUUUUAAUUUUUUUCUACAUAUAAUCUUGUGCAUAGGCAAAAGUAUUAUGAAUAGAAAAUUUUAUGGCUUUGAGAAUGCAGAUUCUAGAGUUAGAAGAAACUAAAGAGUGUAUUAGAUUAUUAUCUUUGUGCAUAGUUAAAAACAUUAAUUGUUCAAAUACAUAAAAAAAGGUCUCAUGUUACUUGAGAUUCGA